GACCGCCCACCAUCAUCCAUCCUUAAUCAGUCCUACAAAUCACAGCCUACUUAUCCUUCAUAAAACCUUAUAAAGCCAAGCACAUAGUUUCUCCAACAACCGGCAAUUGUGAGUUGACAUGGACAGAUCCAGGAAACCCAAAUCAAACUUAGGAUCACAGAGGCGAUUCGAGCUACUGGACUUGAACAAGUCGUCGUCCUCGCUGAACAUGUCGGCAUCCUCUCUAAGGAGCGUCGGCGAGGAGACCAGGAAUUGCGGUAAGGUGGUCAAAGGGAGCAGGAGGGCGACCAUGGUGAGGUUUGCCCCUCCUCCACUGUCGGCGGCAGCAGCAGCGCCGGCGAAGGCAGUGGCAAGGCCUGCGACUGCAAGUGGAGCACGCCCGGGUUCUGCCUCAGGGCAGAGGUGCAGGACAUCAGCGGGGAGGUUGCCGGAGCCGGGGCCCAAGGCGAUGAGGAGGAGUUGGGGGUGGACAGGUGACGUGGAUGCCAAGGAGAAGGGCGGCAAUCCUGUAGCGGCGAAGGUCGUGGCAAAGACACAGCCCAGGAGCAGCUCGGUCCCAAGAAGGUUGCCACCACCUGAGGACAAAGAGAAACCAUUGACAAAGAGAGGCAGUAAGAUCAUGACAAACUCUACGACGGAGACAAACCCGUGCACGCCUCCGAAAAUGGAGACGGAGGGAAGCAUAAGCCCCCCUGACACUGCAAGGAAGAGCAUGAAGGCUCCCAACAGUGUGUCACUGAAGAACAUGGACAUGGUCUCUCCUCCCACAAGAACAUCGGUGGCGACGAUCGGCACAUCCUGGGAUUCACUUCCAUCAGAUCUCCAGAACUUGGGCCUGGAAGUCAUGGGGUACAGGGAUGAUGUAGAGGUAGCUGCUGUUGAGGCAUUGAAGGAAGCCUCGGCUGCUGAGAUUUUGCUGCGGUGCCUGAGCGCCUUCGCGGAGCUGACGUCCGCCGCGGCCAAGCAGUCUCCGCAGCAGACCGUCGACGCGUUCCUCGCGCUCCACACGGCCAUCAAAAGCUCCGACGCCGCCAUCCCCGGCGACGACAAGCAAAACCGCCACGCAGGGGAUUGGCUGCGCACCGCCGUCUCCACGGAGCUCGCCCCCUUCUCCCUCUACUCGCCAUUGAGGAAGACCAGCCACACGGCAGGGUCGCCGGCCUCCUCCCCGCCACCGCCAUCGACACGAUGGCCCGUGGCGGCUGGAGCAGUCGCCGCCGCGGAGGAGACGUGGCUGGAGGCGGCGCGGAGGCGGCUCGGGCAGGAGAUGCGGGCAUGGUUCCUCGGCCACGUGGAGCGGCUGCUCGACGGCGACGUGGCCGGGACGCUGGGGCAGCUCAAGAGGGUGAGCGACUGGCUGGACGCCGUCGGGCUGGAGCCGGAGUCGGACGCCGUCGAGCGGGUGAGGAAGAAGAUCUACGGGUACCUGCUGGACCACGUCGAGUCGGCGGUGGUCGCAUUGAACGGCGGCACUGCCCCUGGUGGCCGGAGGAAAUAAUCCUGCUAUUCCAGUGUACCAUGGGCAUGGUUUGGUCGGAUGUACGUUUGGUGGUGGCCAAGGCGGCUGGAAUGCUGAGAAGAUGGGGUUCCUUUCAUGGUUUUAAAUAGUCGGGCUACAAAGGGCAGCCGCCACGGCAUUUAGUCCGCUAAAUCCGGCUAUAGCCGGCUACCGCUAAAUGCCUUAGCCAGCCAUUUAAAACAAUGGUCCCUUUGCAAAGAAGCAGAUCGCCAAUAACUGGAGCAAAUCAUCAGAGGACCGGAAGCCAGGGUGAGGGAGCCACCACAACUCACGCAGGGGGAACCAACUACGACCUCACGGACGACACAACAAGCUGGGUCGCUUCUUCAGCAAGCCUGGAGGACCUUUUGUGCAGCACUGGCGUAGAUCCUCCUGAGUCGAGUGAGAGCUUGAGCUCUGUUUCUGGAAACCAUGUACUGAGAGGCGGGCGCGCCUAGAACAAUACGCUUUGCUAAAACUCGUGUGACUGGACGUUUUAUCUCCUUUGGAAUAAAACGGGGGAACACUUUGUCUAAAAAAUACAGUUGGUUCAUGCCACGA